CGCCGCGCGCUCCGCGGUGCCGCUGCCCGGACACCAUGAGGGAGGCGGAAAUCUGGAGGCUCCUGGCUGCCAACCUCCUCUGCGCUCUGUCCAUCGUCCUGGCCGCCGUGGUCCCGGCUGCUUUCCUGGACGGGUUCAGCGUCCUGGGAACGCACCUCACGUGGCUGUGUGUUUGUUCUGUUUGUGUUGCUACCCUUAAUGUAAUCUUACACUUAGUCCUUAAACCAAAUCAGUCUCCUAAGAGACGUUCUUUUGCUCACAAGAUAUCCAGAUUUCUAAAAUGCUGUAUAUACUUUUUCAUGUCUUGCAUACUGUUUCAUGCGAUUAUUGUUCUUUAUGGAGCACCUCUCAUAGAGUCAGUGACUGAGACAUUUUUGUUUGCAGUUCUUCUAUCCACAUUUACUACUUUACAGUGCUUGUGUUUGCUGGGACCAAACAUACAGGCAUGGAUACGGGUAUUUAGUAAAAAUGGAGCUAUGUCCGUCUGGGAAAGCAGUCUACAGAUUACUUCUAUGUGUAGUAUACUUGGAGCUUGGUUUGGAGCAUUUCCUAUUCCUCUUGACUGGGAUCGGCCUUGGCAGGUAUGGCCCAUUUCCUGUUCCCUUGGAGCUACCUUUGGCUAUAUGGCUGGUCUGAUUAUUGCACCUCUCUGGAUUCACUGGAACCGGAAGCAGCUUACGUACAAAAGCAGAUAACUGGAGCGAAAAGAGACAAGGUAUUUCUUUGUGCAGAUUCCAUACAGACUGUGCAAAAGUUGGGGAUUUUUAAGAGAUAUGUAUAGAGAUAUAUAUAUAUAUAUAUAUAGUCAAAGCAGAGGACUGUCCAAAUUCAGUUAGAGUAUUUCAAGCCAAGCAUCUCCACUCAAUAAAAUCACAUAGAUGCCAUUUCAGCAUGGUGCAGAUUUUGCUUCCUCUAGACUGUGUAACCCUGAGAGAUUGUACCUUCCAGUCUGAAUAAAA